GAGAGAGGAGGGAAGCUAAAUGAAGAACUGGUUCUUGAGGAAGUGACCCAUGAUUUCACAUACCUGCUUUGAGCUAAAUGAGGAACUGGUUCUUGAGGAAGUGACCCAUGAUUUCACAUACCUGCUUUGAGCUAAAUGAGGAACUGGUUCUUGAGGAAGUGACUCAUGAUUUCACGUAACUGUUGUGGGAGCAUAACAUUUGGGUAGUUUCCGUUUACUACAUUUGCCCAAGCAGUUGACUUAACACUUAAAUUGAUGUUUGUUUGAGUUUCUCUUCAGAAAAAGGGGGCAAGGAAGCCAAUUGUUGUAAAGUCCUACUGUAUUAGGGUAUGUAGGCUGUUUUUGUUUUCUUCAUGUGAGGACCAAAGCUAGCCUAAUGCAAGCUGACUACUUAACUCACUACCUAUUCUAACUGUCCUUGCUCUCAAACUAAUCUAGGCCUGUUAAUGACACAUUCCAGGCUCUCUGUGUGUGUGUGUGUCAAGUGUGUUCACUUGCUGUUCAGCUCCUGUUACUGUAAGCAGAGAUACAGCGCCUGGAUGGUCUCUGCAAUCUUGGCAGUCGUGUUCCUCCCUGUCUCCUUAGCAAUGUCUUUUUUCACAAGAGGAAUUCAGAUAGGACUCUGCUCGGUAUGGACCUGCUUCGCCCCAUUAGCAGCCACACAUAACUCUCCCAUGAUGCCUGAGGUUCGGGAGCUUUCAGACGCACUGCCGGAGUUGCCCAUGGACCCCAUCACUGGUGUGGGGGUGGUGGCCUCGCGAAACAGAGCGCCUACUGGCUAUGAUGUGGUCUCCCAAACAACAGAUGGUCUUGACGCUGACUUGUGGAAAGACGGCCUGUUCAAAUCCAAGGUGACACGCUACCUCUGUUUCACCAGGGUCUUCUCUAAAGAAAACAGUCAUUUAGGUAAUGUGCUGGUGGACAUGAAGCUUAUCGACAUCAAGGACACUCUGCCUGUGGGUUUUAUUCCCAUCCAGGAGACUGUGGACACACAGGAGCAAGCCUUCCGGAAGAGGAGGCUGUGUAUCAAGUUCAUCCCGCGGGACUCCACAGAGGCAGCCAUCUGUGACAUCAGAAUCCUGGGCAGGUCCAAGCAGGCCCCACCGCAGUACACUUUCAUAGGAGAGCUCAACAACAUGGGGAUCUGGUAUCGCAUGGGUAAGGUCCCGCGUGCCCAGGAAUCUUCGCCAACUCCAACCACCAAUAACAUCCAGAAUAUCAACUCGACGGCCAACACCACACCAACCCCAGCAGCCCCUCUGCCCAAACAUAUAUCCAUGACACUCCCCGCCAGUUUCAAAAGGCAAACCACUACUAGACCAGAUUUUGAACACCAGAACUCCAACCUGUACGCCAUAUCAGCAAUGGAUGGAGUGCCUUUCAUGAUCUCUGAGAAGUUUGCCUGCGCUUCCGAUGAUCUGCAGCAGGUGGAUCUGAUGGGCAUCACAAUCAAGUCGCUGACGGAGAUUGAGAAAGAGUACGAGUAUAGUUUCCGCACAGAGCACAGCGCAGCAGCGAGGCUUCCCCCCAGUCCCACACGGAUCUCCCUGGGCUCUGAGGCCUGAGCCCCCCCCAGUCCCACACAGAUCUGAGCCUCCCCCCUCCUCCCCUCCAGAGAGACCUGAGCCUCUCCCUCCUUCUCCCUCUUCCCCUCCAGAGAGACCUGAGCCUCUCCCUCCUCCCCUCCAGAGAGACCUGAGCCUCUCCCUCCUCCCCUACAGAGACCUGAGCCUCUCCCACCUUUUCCCUCCUCCCCUACAGAGAUCUGAGCCUCUCCCUCCUUCCCUACAGAGAGGUCUGAGACUCUCCCUCCUCCCCUACAGAGAGGUCGGAGCCUCCCCCAGUCCUCCAGCAGGAGAGGAGGAGAGACUCACACUACUACUACUACUACUGAGAA